UAUCAUACACUAUGCACCUUUAUCUACAUCUUAUAUUAAAUAAUGUGCGAAAAGGCCGAUGAGAUGGUUUGGAACAUGGAGCAUAAAGUAACACCUGUAUAUUUAGUUUGUACAGAAAUGAGCAUUCAGUCAGAUUUCUGCCACGCAGGCAGACAAACUUCAACCAACCGCAGUGAAAGGGAGGGAUCAGCUCUACUGCUGUUAGCCACCUAGCUUAUAGCAUCUACCGUUAGCGGUGUGGCUAACAGCCAUGGAUCUGCCACAUCACGGGUACAGAGCAACCAAGCCGAGGGCUCGAGCAGCUCCCCCAGCAGGAGACUCUGUCUUGUUCGAUGACACCAGCUCAGCACCACCGGUAAUGAACAGCCAGGGCUUCUACACUCCUGGUCAUAACAUGGCAGGACCCCCAAAUGACAUGCAUGGAGGUUCAGCAGUUAACAACCUGUUCACUGACCCAAUGGCCAAUGCAGCCAUGAUGUAUGGCUCAUCUAUAGCCAACCAAGGAAAAGACAUCGUGAACAAAGAGAUCAGCAGAUUCAUGUCUGUGAACAAGCUGAAGUACUUCUUUGCGGUGGACACCCGAUAUGUCCUGAAGAAACUCAUGAUCCUCAUGUUCCCCUACACACAUCAGGAUUGGGAGGUCCGUUACCAUCGGGACACUCCGCUCACCCCAAGGCAAGAUGUAAAUGCGCCUGAUCUUUACAUACCUAGCAUGGCUUUCAUUACAUACAUUUUACUGGCUGGAAUGGCCCUUGGUAUUCAAAAGAGGUUCAGUCCAGAGGUUCUUGGACUGUGUGCCAGCACUGCCCUCGUGUGGAUCAUCAUCGAGGUCCUGAUCAUGCUGCUGAGUUUGUAUUUACUCACCGUACACAGCGACCUCUCUACCUUUGAUCUCAUCGCAUACAGCGGAUACAAAUAUGUCGGAAUGAUCUUCACAGUGUUGUGUGGCUUAUUGUUCGGCAGUGAUGGGUAUUAUGUUGCCCUAGUGUGGUCCUCUUGUGCUCUGAUGUUCUUCAUUGUACGAUCCCUGAAAAUGAAGAUCCUUCCCUCCAUCUCCUCGGACUCGAUGGGAAUGGGAUCGAAUAACAAGCCCCAACUCCGACUUUAUAUCACUGUGGCAACCGCAGUCUUUCAGCCAAUCAUUAUCUACUGGUUAACCUCCCACUUAGUGAGGUGACUGUGAGGUUCGAUUAGAAAAUAACUGGAGUCCAACAGGACUGGAUCCAGGCCUGUGGUGGUUAACUGUUUGUAAACUCGCCCUUUUACUGUUUUGGUAACAAAUAUAAGACAUCUGUGGAUGCUGUUAAGCUGCAGAGUGUGUGAAGUUUUUUCAGCUUCAUCUGAUUAAUCAGACGGCGUAAAACAAAGUCUCGCUCUCUGUUGUGUGUGAUUGUGAAGUAACGCUGACAAAAGCUUGAGAUUU